UGGGGACGACUACGAAACCUUCAUGACCUUUGAACUUUACUCGCACGGCGAUAGCGAGAGGGCAUUCCAUCGAAAAACAUAUAAAUCGCUCCGUUUUGCCACUUUAGAUAUCCUCAUCUUUACUAGGGUGUCGUCAGAUCAAUGUACUUUAAGUAUGGCAUCCUUGAGAUGGUUUAAAAGGCUUCCCAACGGCCGAGGUUUAGCCGUAAACAUCCGAGAAAGUAGAACCGAUGUUGCAACUCCGACUCCGAGUCGGACGGCUUCAGCGGGUGUAGCUGAUCCGGGGCGUUUGUUGUCUUCGCUCCCGGUGUCACACGGGUGCCUCGCAUCGCACCAUCGUGGCUGUGCCGGAACAGAACGACCCUUGUUGACGUUUGCUUCCGCACUCGUAAGGAGUGGCAUGUGUAUUGAACGUUGUCUCCACACAAGCACUUCUUUGAUGGGCUACAAAUGGGAGAGACGAAACAAGAAAGUUUACCCUCCGCAGAAACCUGGAGAGCCCCCACGCAUGGCGGAGGUGCACUACUCCAGAAGACAGAUCAAGCACAGCAUGAGAAAAAUGUGGUACAUUUCGAAAUUUGUGGAAGGCAUGAUGAUUGAUGAUGCACUCACUCAACUGCAAUUUAUCAAAAAGAAAAGUGCCCAGAUUGCUAGAGAGGUUCUUCUUGAAGCUCAAGAAGAAGCAGUCAAAAACCACAAUGUGGAAUUCAAGUCCAAUCUUCACAUAGCUAAAUCCUUUGUAGCCAAAGGGGAGUAUGACCAUGCCAUGCGCAUCCAUGCCAAGGGGCGCUUCGGUAUCCUAGACCUUGUCUACUGCCACUUCUACGUCUGUCUCAAGGAAGGGCCGCCUCCCAAGAAGGUGGAGGCCACAGGAUAUGACCAGGCUCAGCAUUACAUGGACUCGCUUAGAAAGAGGACAAUCAUACACUCAAUGUGAGAGGGAAGGACAAUACUGCAGACAUAACGUAUGAUGUACUGGAUCAUAACCUAUGAUAUGGCUGGGAAAACUGGAGCAAGUUUUCACCAUCUUUGAAGAAAAUAUCUCACCAAUGUGCCGAGGUAAACUGGGCAUAGGUCGAGAAUGUGUAGAAGAUGCUCAGAAACGUUUCGAUAUGUAAACACAUUUGGAUACAUCAUUUUAGAGGGACACUUUCAACAGGAAUGCCCCCUUUUGGGCUCUAAAACAUGCUUCUCACAAAAUGAUUACAGUAAUAAUUGGCAACAUGACCUUGAAAGCAAAUGUCUACAAACAGGGUUUUCAACAUUUGUAACACAUUCUUUGGAUUUUCUGUGACCAAGAUCUUUGAAAAAUGGCAAGUAAACAACACAAAAUCACAAAGGCAAAACUUUGAUAGCCUUCAAGUGUUAUUGUAGCCCAAAUAUCCAUUGUACCUUAUGUCUUACAAAUCAAUGAACGCAUUUUUCACCGAGUUACAUUUUUAAUUUCUUUGUAAAGUGCUUUUAAUUCGAAAUUCAAGAGGUUAAAAAAAGGAUUAUUCCAUCAACCCUAACCACCCCAACCCUUCAACAUCCAACUGCAUGUUUAGUUGGAAUCUAUUAGAGUGAGUACUACACUAGUAUAAAACUGAUAAUGUUUUACAUGGGGUAGAGUCCAACAGUUUGGGUGUAUAGUUUACCAUAUGGUGUUGGAAUAUGGUGUUGGAAAGUGAGGAAGGUUCCUAGUAAAUCACUCGAGGGAUUAGGGUUAAGGAAGUAACAAAAUGAAACUCAAACAAUAUAAAGAUACCAAUGAAUUAAAGUUUUGUUGUUUUAUCAAGUCAUGUAUUUGCAAACUCAGGAA